AUGAACAUCGCUUCUCUCUGGGUCUCUAGCGGCCUAAUAAUUUCACGGGCUCUAGCAAUAUCUGCUACGUCCACUACCUCUACUGCCGCGACACCAAGCUGUACAUCUUCCCUCAUCACCAGCCUCUGCAACUACCCGGAACCAGGCCCAGACUUUGCCGUCGCCAGCGACGGUAGGGCCUUCUGCUGGGACUACUGUAACGCUAACCCUCCUUGCAACUUUGUUAUCUUCUCUGCUGGUAAUCCUCUCACGGGCUUUGGCACGUGCUGGCUUUACCCGGGUGAAACAUACGAUGCGAGCAAAGGUAGUUCGAACUGCGACAAUCCCAGCCUUUCCGUCUACAACCAGCCCGUGUGUGCUGGCGGAAGCGCAACCACCACUGCUGGUGCCUGCGCCGCCACCGCGACUCCCUCUGCCAUUGCCUCUGUCUGUGGGUACCCGGCGCCUAGUGACUGUUUUGACGAUUGCUAUGCUAGUUCGGGUGCAUCGAACUGCCUGAGUCUAUGUGCAAAGGCCGAUUCCUGCAGCUAUGUCGUCUUUAAUCCGCACAAUCCAGAUGAUUCGCCAUACGCCUCGGGCACUUGCUGGGUCUAUCCGAACGGCACAUUUAACGCUGAGUCUGUGACCACCUGUAGUGGUGAUCCUGAGCAGUUUGUGUAUGAUAACUCGUGUCCCAAGCCAUCGUCUUCAACGUCCUCUGUUUCAUCAACUGCUACAGAAAGCUCUAGUGCUACGGAAAGCUCUAGUGGUGCUGGAACUACAGGCAUUACUCUUGGAUCUACUAUUAGCGCUGCUACGCGAUCUAAUGGCACUGAAACUGCAGGCAAUACUGCAGAUUCAACUGAUAGUAGCAAGAACUCAGCGCCUGCCAGUCUCUCGUUCACUAAUCCGUUAGCUAUAGGCAUGGCUAUAGUAAUAUGGCAGGCCCUUUAA